AUGGUGCUGCCGGAGGGGUCCGCCGCGGGCCUGCCACCCCUGUCCCCGCUCUCCUUGAAGGCCUAUGGCACUAUGGGAGAACUUUGGGGGCCCACCAAGACCCCCACCAGAAGGUCGUACCUGGUGGUGGCCGUGCUGUGCUUCCUCAACCUGGUGAACUACAUGGACUGGUUCCUCGUGGCAGGGGUGCUUCUUGACAUCCAGCAAUACUUCGGACUCGGAGACAGCACCGCAGGACUGCUGCACACAGUUUUCAUCCUCUGCUUCUUGUUCUUUGCGCCACUCUUCGGGUUCCUGGGCGACCGAUACAACCGGAAGAUCAUCCUCGGGGCCGGGAUCCUGCUCUGGUCCGGCGUCACCCUCGGGAGUUCGUUCAUCACGGAGUCGAUGGCCUGGCUGUUCUUUGUCUCGCGGGGCCUUGUGGGUGCCGGCACCGCCAGCUAUUCGACCUUAGCGCCCACCCUCAUUGCCGACCUGUUUGAGAAGAACCACCGGACGUGGAUGCUCUCCCUCUUCUACAUCUUCAUCCCAGUUGGAAGCGGCCUCGGCUACAUCCUGUCUUCGGGAAUGGCCCAGGCCACCGGUCACUGGAACUGGGGCUUCCGGGUGACCCCGUGCAUGGGAGCCGUGGGCCUGGCCCUCCUCAUUUUCCUGGUCCCCAAAUCGGCCAACUCUUCAGUGGAGAAACUCGAGGACGAUGGUGUUUGUGGUGGAGGCUCCACUUGGCUGCAAGACGUUUCCUCUCUCUGCAAAAACCGGAGUUUCCUCUGGUCCUCGCUGGGGGUGACGGCCAUGGGCUUUGUCACGGGCGCCCUCAGCUUUUGGAUCCCCGUCUUCCUCUACCGAGCUCAGCUCGUCCUUCACUGGUUCCCGCCGUGCGAGAAAGUGGAAGCGUGUAACACGUCCAACAGCCGGAUAUUUGGAGGAAUUACGAUUGCAACCGGUAUUUUGGGAGUUGUGACCGGAGCGGAAGCAGCUAGGCGGUACAAGAAGGUCAAUGCGAAGGCCGACCCUCUGAUCUGCGCCCUUGGGUCGCUCGCUUCGGCGCCGUGCAUGUACCUGGCGAUCAUGUUGGCGCAGGACAGUAUCCUGGCUACGUACAUCUUCAUUGCCCUUGCCGGAUUUUUCCUCUCUCUCAACUGGGCCGUGGUGACGGACAUCCUCUUGUAUGUGGUGAAGCCCGCAUGCCAGUCGACUGCGGUGUCCCUGCAGAUUUGUGUCAGUCAUUUGCUGGGGGAUGCCGGGAGCCCCUACCUCAUUGGCAUCGUUGCGGGGGCCAUCCAGGGCCACCAAGGAGAGCGCACCUACCUCUGGGACUUCCGGAGCCUGCAGUACAGCUUUGUCGUUUGCACCUUUGUGGGGGUCCUGGGCGGAGGGUGCUUCCUGAUGACAGCCCUCCACAUCGAGGAGGAUCAGAGCAAAGCGGCAGCCUCGCCGGUCCAAGGCACCGAUAACAAAAACUACGUCUCUCACGAAGAAGGGCUCUGAGGCCAAUGCAAUGAUGCCACUAGCGGUGUCCCAACCUCAGGAUGGAAGAGAAGGAUGGAACAUCAACGCAUCCUCUAUCCGGCCUUCUGUGAUGGGGCAGUUCAUAUUAAUACUAAGGUCCAGAUGUGCCCUUAGUGCCACAGGAUACUGGGAGUUGUAGUCUGGUGUGGCCGAGAAGGCUAAAACUACAACUCCCCUUUUGCGUCGAGCCUCUUGCAGUGGAGGCCCCGAUCAUUCUAAAUGAGUCUUUUCCAAUCAGCUAUUUAUAGCCUGAGAAUGAGGUGCGUAUCCAAACCCAUAAAUAUUGAUGCCAUCU